AUGUAUGUCGACGAUGUAUUAUCUGGUGGACACACUAUCGAUUCAGCAAUAAAAGCCAGAGAUGAGAUAUCGGAAGUGUUGCAAUCCGCCGGUUUUCCACUUCGAAAGUGGACAGCCAAUAGCGAGCAAAUACUUAAUGGCAUACCAAAAGCAGAUCUACUUAGUGAAGAUUUUUUGGCAUUUGAAGAUACCAGCGCAGUCAAGGCUCUUGGAAUAAGAUGGAAUGCCCAUACGGAUCUUUUCUAUUUUAUAGCAAGGCCAUUGGAGAAAAGCUAUACUGUUACGAAAAGAGCGAUACUAUCUGCCAUUGCUAAAUUCUUCGAUCCGCUGGGGUGGCUUGCGCCUAUCAUAAUCGUAGCCAAAAUCCUUAUGCAAAAUAUUUGGCUAGAAGGCACAGAUUGGGAUGAGACGGUGUCUUCGACCACUCUAGACCGAUGGCAGAAUUUCACCCAACAUUAUAACGAGAUUGAUAAUAUUCGUAUACCGCGAUGGGUAUACUUUUCUCCAACGGAUGAAAUACAAAUACACGGAUUCUGUGACGCGUCGGAGAAAGCAUAUGCCGCCUCUGUGUAUAUGCGUGUCAAAAGAGAUAGCAAAGUUUUUAUUAACCUGCUUUUGGCAAAAACCAGAGUUGCUCCUGUUAAAACCAUAUCGCUACCCCGACUGGAACUUUGCGGAGCGGUACUAUUGGCGGAAAUAGUUGAUUCAAUAAUCAACAAUCUCAACUUAGGGCAUAUCAACAUACAUCUGUGGACCGAUUCCACAAUUGUUCUCGCUUGGAUUCGCAAGCCUCCGUGUUCAUGGUCAACUUUCGUUGCCCAUAGAAUCACAAAAAUUGUAGAGAAAGUCGGAAACAGGAAUUGGCUGCAUGUGGAAUCGGCAUCAAAUCCAGCAGACUUAGCGAGCAGAGGACUUCCAGCAUUUGAAUUGGUCAACAAUUCGCUGUGGUGGCAGAGACCUUCUUGGUUACAAGAAGAUAAUCCUAAAUGGCCCACACAGGAAACAGACUACAGCACAGUAGCUGAGGAAAAAAGAACGCACGUUUAUACAACCAAAGUAAAUUAUACCGAUAUUCUUGACCGUUUUUCAGAUUUUCCGAGAGCUUUGAGAGUAUUAUCAUAUGUUAUGAGAUUCUCUCAAAGAACUCAUCGAAAUACGAAAACUUCAUUUCAAGAAAAGUCACGCUUAAUUUCAUCCGAUGAAAUUAAAGCAACGACACAACGCUUGAUGAGAAUCUAUCAACAGAACUAUUACAGUGAAGAAUACGGGAAAUUGAAAGCAGGCAACUCCAUCGACUCCAAGAGUGAACUCCUACCGCUUAAUCCGUUCAUGGAUAAAGAUGGCAUUAUUAUGGCUGGUUGUCCCGUCUAA